AUGAGUUCUGAUAUGGCAAGAGACCCGGAAGACAGCCCUCUGGCGGUGAUCGAACGAUGCCGGCAAGAAAAGCGGCCCGUUUUCGUCGCAGGCCCCAUGGUGCGCUACUCCAAGCUCCCGUUCAGAGAACUCGUUAGAGAUUACAAAGUUGACAUCGUUUACUCUCCCAUGAUCCUUGCGCGGGAGUUUGUGCGCAACAGCAACGCCCGUGCAAGCGAUUUUAGCACAAACUUCCGCGAUAGACCGCUGAUCGUUCAGAUAGGUGCCAACAACGUGACCGACUUGCUGCGUAUGAUAGAGAUGAUACACCCAUACGUUGACGGUGUUGGGCUGAACUGCGGGUGUCCGAUCAAGGAGCAGGUUAGAGAAGGUAUUGGUGCUGCUUUGAUGUCGAAGAAAGAGCUGGUUGCAGAGAUGGUGGCUGCUGUGAAACAGAAGUACGGCUCGAGCCUGGUGAUCGAGACCAAGAUCAGAGUGCACACGGACGUGAACGAGACGAUCGAGUUUGUCCAGGCGGUGGAGAAAGCCGGCGUGGACUUCAUCACUGUGCAUGGACGCACAAAGAACACGCGGUCGUCGCAGCCGUGCGACUUUGUCAAGAUCAAAGCCGUCAAGGAGAGCGUUCAGGUGCCUGUGAUUGCGAACGGGGACUGCAUGACAUUGGAGGACGCGUACCGCAUUGCGAGCGAGACCGGCUGCGACGGGGUUAUGGCGGUCCGGGGAAUUUUGAACAACCCGGCCAUGUUUGCAGGCUACGACAAAACUCCGUGGGGAGCGAUCGAGAAGUUCUGGAACCUCAGCACCGCGUACGGCCUGCCGUUCAGAAUCAUCCAGCACCACUUGGGGUGCAUGCUGACGGGACAGCUGAGUAAGAAGCUACAGAUCGAGCUCAACAGCACAACGAGUCUGUUGGAGCUGCUGGAGUGGUUCGACAGCAACUUUGUGCUCAAGAGACCGUCCGACCCGGGCUACGGCACGUCUGUCGCGGUGCAGUACUGGCAAAACAGACAGAGCCAGGCUCGUAUUUAA